AUGAGCAGAAAGGUCGCGCUCAGCGCGUAUAUGGCCAUUGCUGCUUCAGCUUUUGGAUUGAUCUCAGAUGGCUACCACAACAACCUCAUGACCAUGACAAAUCUUGUGUUCAGAAGGUUGUACCCGUCGGAAUACACGUCGGUCAUCGGACAGGUCAUCAUCGGCAUCCUUUGCGACAGAGUGGGUCGGAAGGCGGGCCUCGUCUUGACGACUCUGUUCAUUGUCAUAGGUGCUACCUUGUGCACUGUCGCACACGGUGCCCAUGGAAGUGCCCAUGGCCUCUUCUGGUUCAUGACAUUCGCUAGAGGUAUCACAGGUCUGGGGGCCGGAGGAGAAUAUCCUGCAUCGUCUACCAGUGCGAGUGAAGGGGCUAACGAAGCAAUCGCGCAUCAGAGAGGCCCAGUAUGCUUCGGCAUAGGCAUCAUACUGCCUCUGACAGUGUUCUACUUCCGCAUGCGGAUGGUUACGUCAAAAUUGUACCGGGAAAGCGCUAUCAGGCGUCGCGUUCCAUAUCGGCUUGCUCUCAAGAGAUACUGGAAAACUCUCAUUGGUACAGCGGGAACCUAUUUUGUAUAUGCUUUCGCUACUUCGAAGAUCGAUUAUCCGAAUGGCGUCUUCUCUGCCACCAUCAUUGCCAACAUCAUCAAGGACGGAGACCUCAAGAAGACGGCAGAAUGGCAGCUGGUCUUGGGUGCCAUUGCUCUUCCAGGCGUGGUGGUCGGCGCAUUCCUGGUCAAUCCUCUCGGACGCCGCUACACCGGAUAUGUCAUAUUUGGGUGUGGCUAUGACCGGAUCACCAGCAUCAUGCCGCUCCUGUCAUCCUCUGACGCUGGCUCCAGUUACGGACUGAUGAUAUUCAUGAGCAAUCUGGGUCCCGGCAAUAUCACACUGCUUGCUAGCGCUGAGUCCUAUCCAACCUCAAUCAGCGGCGAUGGGCAAGGUCGGGCGGUCGUAGGGACUCAAGUGUUCAUACCAAUGCAGGAAAAUCUUGGACAGAGGUGGACGUUCAUUAUCGCAGCAAUCUUCGGAGUUCUCGGUAUCCUGAUUACCUAUGUCUUCGUUCCGGACAUGACGGGAGUCAAUCUCGCCGUCGAGGACGAGAAGUUCUUCAGGUACCUCGCCGAGAAUGGUUGGCAAGGAGAAUCGGUGAAGCGGAUGCGGAUGCAUACUUUGCUGAAACGAUGA